GACUGCUAAAUGAGUAAUUCUAAAAGUAAAUUUAAAUGUUGUAAUUAUUUUCAGAUAUUUAGGCAGUGGAUUGAGCCCUUGUUUGAGAGUUAAGCUCUUGUGCAUUUAGUUACCAGUGAAUAUUUGCAUUAAUUGUUUGCAUUCUGCUCUAUUAUUCUCAAAGGCAAUUGGUGUCACAUGUUCAGUAUGUGUUGUUCUGGUUUUCUUUAGGCACGUUCGACGUUCGGCGAUUUGAAUGCCUAGCAUCUGUCUGCUCUCUUAUCGCUCUUGCGGUACUUUGAUGUCAUACGGUGAUCAUUCUGCACAGCGCUACUUCAAGUCGAACACACCUAUUUUGUUUUCAGCUGGUCUGUUCCUCUGUGACCUAGUUUUCCUUAGUUGCCCUGAUUAAUUCAUUCUGUUCACCUGUGUCUAUUUAAUUGUAUAUUUAAGCCCCAGUCUGUUCAAUCUUUGGUUGUCCGGUCACAGUUAUACUAUGUUGUGUUCUCCAUCGUCCUUCUGCCUUUUUGUUAUUAUUAAACUGAGAGUUUGGAUUGCACCAGCUGUUUCCCCCACUUUCCUCCUGACAGUUGACCCGGCCUUGGUCAUUUAAUUGUUCCGUUUAGUUGUUUGUAAAACUUUAAAACUAUAUACACAUAACAUUUCACAUUUUGACGAUGUGCAGAGUUUCUAUACGGCAAUGGGUGUUGUAUUUCAUGCAUGUUUGGUUAAUUGCAAGCUGUAUUUGUAUAUUGUUUAGAUUAAAACCAAAUCUGGGACCAUUUAAAUUAAACUGGAAAGUACACACUUGUAACUAUAACUUGGGUUUAAGUUAUAAAUUAAAUAUUUAUGCAACAAUAACACAUGCCACUGUAAGGGAAACGACAAGGAAACAGAAUCACUGUUUUACGGCUGAUCACUGAGUUGGCCAGCGAUUCACAGAACGAGCCAUAUAACAUCAACUCUGCACUGGAUAUUAAAAUCCAAAAUAUAGUGAAAACACUAUUAAAUAGCACAGUAACAAGAUCGGCAGUUUAAGACAUUAACUUGUAAGCACAAAACACAAGAUACUUCUCUUUUCAAUAUAAAUAAGACUUUAUUGGAUAAACCUAAGACAUAUAAACUAAUCUAAUACAUGAACACACAUUCACAUAAGUUGCAGAAAGAGAGAGAGUGAGGAAAGGAUGAGUUUAGAGAAUGAAAAUGUAAAAUCCCAAGUUUAUAGCAAUAUGUGCAAUUGCAUAUAGACCUGAACAACCAUCAAUCACUUAAUUAACCCUUGCAUUGAGUUUUUCAAUGAGGCUAAAAUUUAUAUUAAAUGCACACGUUCAGCUAGAAUCUGGAGGUUAUUUGCGUUGGCUUUGUGUUAAGGGAUUCCCUUUUGUCGUCGUAGUUAUAGGAAAGGGGGUUUCUCGAGGUUGCUGAUUAGCUGGAAGUUCAGUAGUCGUUGAAGUGACGUUCUGGGCGUUGGCUGACGAAUGGUUUCAGAGUCAGUUGCGGGCUGAAGUUUGAAGCGGAUGCAGUCAGAGCUGGACUUUGUGGCAAACUUAACUUAGAACGCGAAACUCUCAACGGAAAGAAAAUAAACUAAAGGAAAAGAAUAAAAGGAUGUAAUGAGACUAGGUGGUUUUUCUUCUCAUUGUGGUUAGGUAGCAUCUGGCGUGCAGGCUGAAGCACACUGGAACAACGUUCAAAGAAUGCAAAAAGUGAUGACAAAAAGCAUGGCUAAAAUGCUGACAAGGCCAAAAAGCUAGAAGCUAAAAGCAUGGUUUGAUGGUGUCCUGAGUCUUUAAACUCGGCUUUUAGACACAUCCCAAAAUGGUGUGUCGACCAAUUAGACACUAUUAGCUCGGGGUGUUGCUCUGUUUCUCCUCCCAAUGCAUAAAUCUACAAUCUACUCGUUCGACUUGAAGCAGCACUGCGCAGAAUGAUCAGUGUAUGACAUCAAAGUACCGCGAGAGCGAUUCGAAAGAAUAAGGAUCCGUCUGCUUUCUUAUCGCUCUCGCGGUACUUUGACGUCAUACGAUGAUCAUUCUGCGCAGCGCUGCUUCAAGUCGAACACACCUGAUGUUAUCUUAUCAGUCACAUGGUCCGAAUUUUCCCGCUCUUGCAGAGUAUAAUUUUGGACAUUUCUAUAACCAGAAUAUGAUACAUUUGACAAAGUAUUGAUUGGAAGAAACAUUUCAAGCUAGAAUUUUCACACUCAUGCAUACCAAACAUAAAUAUAAACCCUUAUGCUAUUCAAUAGUUAUUAAAAAGACAUACACAAUGAGUGUUUAUAACAUGAUAGUCAAAUGUGUUGGUUACAUACAUGCUAUGAAGUUAUGCAGUUGUCACAGAUCAGCCAGGCUCAUUCACCUCCCAAUCACAACGCACUCCAUCACCUGUAUUAAUUGCACGCACCUGCACAUCAUCAGCACCCUCAUCAGCCAGCAUACAAAAGCAUACACCUCACACCAGUUCAAGGUUCGAUCUCAUUCUUAAGAAGUGGACUCUCAAUGCUAUUCGUGCGAUACAUUAAUCUACCUACCUGUUUUGUUUACUUACCUUCUGUGUCUCAUCCAGUGUAUACUCCAGCGCUCCAUUCCAACGUCUGUCUCCAGCAUCGUCUCUGUAUGGAUGUCAUCAUUGCUCGUUGCUCUGAGGUGUGUGCUGUCAUCAGUCUUCCAUCCACGAUCUUCUGUAAAACCAGUAACUUCAUUAUAUUCCUCAUCAAACCAAAAAACUGCUCUAUUGAACUUUAUACUCAUCUGCCAUUUCCCAUUUUCACCAGUUGCUGUGAAUAAAUUCAUCCUAUUGUUUUCUAAUCCCUUGUGUGAGUCUCCUUCCAUAACAGCAAUGGACAGAUAUUUCUUUCAGUCCUUUUUCAAUCUUGGAUACUUGCCCCAAAUUUGACAAUCUCCUUCCUGAGUUGGAAUUAUCAAUAAGUGUUGUUUUAGUUUUAAUGUUGUAAACUGUUCUGUGAAAGAGGUGGUUGGUUAGCUAGCUUCAGACUCAUGGCGCCAGGGUAUCGUGGACCGAUUUAUGACGUUGUCUUGUUACCCGGGGGCUCUUUGUGGAAUUCAGCUCACUAGUCAAUGUUCAACACCAAUCUGAUUGAAUCUUAAAUUGUCUGAUUCACUCUGAUAUCCUACACUACCAAGCCAAAUAAAACUUUCUACACAUACUCUGUUGAUGAUGGUGGCCAAAAAAUGGUACUUGUUACACCCAAGGCAUUUCAAUAGUAGUUGUUUCUUUAAGGCCAAUUGUGUUCUUGUUAGCACGUCUUCAGCCCAAGCACUUUACCACAGUAAUAACAUUUAUAAAAGACAUUCAAGUACUAAGAUAAAAGAACAUUAAACACGAACAAGUCUGCCUAUUUUCUCAUCCUUUUAAAAAUAUGCUUUAAAUACCAUUUAAUUCCAGCAUUUACUCUCUCUAUCCAGUCCCACGAGUCCAUAUUUCAUGCCAUUUUUGACUGCCCACAGUUUCUUUUUUAGAAAUAUUAUGCAACAUAUUUGACUGGUUAAAUGCACCUGUUUUGUUUGCUGUGUCUGUAACGGUGUGCUGUGAUUGGUCACACCAUCACACUCAUUUGUCAUUGGCUGUAUGUCAGUUUAAGUAAGAGAGAGUCCUCAAAAAAAAUGACAGAACCUUUUCAGUGGAUGAAAAUGAAGACGACACUGGCUGUGCUCCUAAUAAUUGAGCUCUACGGAUUCUCCUCUAGUCUCAUUAAACAUUUUUUUGUGAAAGAGGAGGAGACAUGGGAUUUUGCAAAGAAGUCCUGCAAAACUUACUUUCAUGACCUCUCCACCUUCACCAAUGAGAAGGAGCAACAGCAGUUUUUGGAAGAUGCACUUAAUCAAACUUCUGAUGCCUGGGUUGGACUCUACACAGAAUCAGGCGUUUGGAAGUGGUCUGGAGGUGAAAAUUCAACACAAAGUAUCUGGGAUACUAGUUAUAAUCAACCAGACAAAGCUGAUGGCUGUGCUUUUCUACACAAAGUCCGUAAGAAACUGCAUGACACAGAAUGCACGGCUAAAUACUCCUACUUCUGCAUGACAAACUUUGUUCUGGUGCUGCAGAAAGAGUCCUGGGAAGGAGCUCUGGAAUACUGCAGAAAACAUUAUAAGGAUCUGGCAAGUCUGAGCACAGAGAAAAGGAUGAAUUCUGCUUUACUGGAAAUCACACAGGCUGAAACAGAUUAUGUCUGGACUGGUCUGCGCUUUCUAACAGGGGACUGGUUCUGGGUCAAUGGAGAUGAUCUUGACUACACAGCCUGGUAUCAGAACGAGCAGCCCCAGUGUCCUGCCAAAGACCUUCAUUGUGGAGCCCUGGACAAGGAAACAAAGCUAUGGACACACAGAAACUGUGAGGAGAAAUUCAACUUCAUUUGUCAGCAGAAAGUACAAUGAAACCAAUUCAUGAAAAAGUAAAAAGAGUCCAUCAGAGACGAGACUGCACUUCAUCUCCACUCAACAGAAGCCACGCCCAUAAGUAGCCUGCACACAUCUGGAUCAUUCAUAACUAAUAAAAGGAAUGAAUAUAAUAUUGACCAGAACUAAUCUACAUGUACAUUUAGUAGAACAGUUUAGUGUUACAUUUUAAGAGUAUCAUAAUACAAUAACAAUAUUCAUAAAUUCUAGGCACUGCAUGUGACACUGCCCCCCUCCUGGUUGCUCAAGUCCACUGCAUCAGGGAACAGUCCUUAAAGUGUACUACUAAUGUACUGACAAGCAAUUAAUGUUAACUCAUAUAUAUACUUUAAUGUCAGUUAACAAUACACUUAAGUGUGAAUUAAAUGUAAUGUUUUUUUACACCUAAAUGCAUGUCAUUUGUAUUUGAUUUCAAAUAUAUUACAGUUUAAAAUGACAUUAAAUGCAGAUAGUUGAACUUUUGAGUGAUUAUUUUUGAACCAGUUAAGUAGGACUUUAGUAUAUUUUAUAUGUACUUUGAA